AUGCCUAAAUCUUUCGUUUCUUUCCAAGACUACGAUGAAGCCGAUCACUUUUCAUCCCGCCCUGCAACCACACCGUCCUCCCCCGAAUUCUUGCGCAGGACGAAUACUUCCCUGUCCGCAAACGAACUGAGGGGCCGUUUGCCGCCUUCUCUCGUUAUGACUCCCAGAUCAACAGAGGAGAGUGCCCUGUUGGAGGGAGACUACCCCGUCCGCAAAUACACUGAAAGCAUGCCCGAAUCACCAAAGUCAAGACAGUUGUCGAGGGUGAACAGCACGAGUGACAGUCUACGCAGGCGAAGAUAUUACAGUGCUCGACCCUCGGGACAUGCAAGUCCUGUGUGGAUGCGGAACUCGGGUCUCCGUACGCCAAAGCUAUCCUCAUCCAUGCUGGCGGGCUCAUUGUCCAAAGAUGAUCGACUGUGGUACGAUCAAUUCACCUCAACCGACUGGGUGCACGACAGCAUUGCUGAUGGAUACCGUGUGCUGGACCUGAAAAAGCGGAAAGGCUGGCGAGGCCGCCUAGGGUUGCUUCUUGAUUCAGCUCAGGGUUGGGUUCUCGUUGCUCUGAUCGGGGUGGUUACCGCAGGCUUAGCCUACCUUGUCGAUGUCACAGAGUCGGCAAUUUUCGACAUCAAGCGUGGCUUUUGUCGAGGCGCUUGGUAUCUUGGUCGCACAAAUUGCUGUUCUGGCGAACGCAGCUGUGACAGAUGGAGGACUUGGUCCAAACUCAUCCAUCCGUCCGGCAUGGACGAUGUCUACAUCGACUACGUGGCAUACAUUAUCGGAUCGUUGGUGCUCGCCGCCCUGGCCUGCUUUAUCACUCUCUAUUCUAAGACCGUCGUACCGUCUCAAAUUGCCUCUACUUUUGAUGAGAAUCUCGGCGCCAUCCAGCAGAACGUAAAUGAGGACGAAGCUGACGAGGGCAAGUCAGGUGGAACUCAGCUCCUGACAACACAAGAUCCGCCACCUCCAAACGUCUACUACUCGGCGGCUGGAAGUGGUGUUGCCGAAGUCAAGGUCAUUUUGAGUGGAUUCGUUCUCCAUGGAUACCUUGGCCUUCGGGUUCUGGUUCUGAAGACCAUCGCUCUGAUUUUGAGCGUGGCUUCUGGGAUGAGCUUGGGUAAAGAAGGCCCUUAUGUCCAUAUCGCAACGUGUGUGGGCAAUAUCGCCUGCCGAUUGUUCUCCAAAUACAAUCUCAACGACGGUAAGAGACGGGAGGUCUUAUCCGCAAGCGCUGCUGCUGGGGUCGCCGUCGCUUUUGGUUCACCCCUGGGUGGAGUCCUUUUCAGCCUGGAGGAAGUCAGCUAUUACUUUCCCUCAAAGACUCUAUUCCGAACAUUCUUUUGUUGCAUCGUGGCCGCGUUGUCCCUCAAGUUCCUGAACCCGUACGGGACGAACAAAAUUGUUUUGUUUGAGGUCCGUUACAUCACGGAUUGGCGUUUCUUCGAACUUUUUCUAUUCAUCUUGCUCGGCGUUGCAGGUGGGUUGGCUGGUGCGCUCUUCAUCAAAGCGUCUAGAUUCUGGGCCACCACUUUCCGCCGCAUCAAAAUCAUCAAAACCUUUCCGAUGCUGGAAGUCCUCCUUGUGGCACUAGUUACCGGCCUCGUCAGCUUCUGGAAUCGAUACACCCGACUGGCCGUCACAGAGCUGCUUUUCGAACUGGCGAGCCCAUGUCAGAAGCAUUCGUCAACGGGUCUUUGUCCCAAAACAGAGGACGAGAUACUCAGCGUGAUUGGGUAUCUGAGUUUGGCAUUCGUCAUCAAGGCCAUCCUCACGAUCAUUACCUUUGGAAUCAAGGUGCCUGCGGGCAUCUACGUUCCAUCAAUGGUGGUCGGAGGUCUAAUGGGUCGCAUAGUCGGUCACUGGACCCAGUAUAUCGUUGUCAAAUUUCCGAAUUUCUUCUUGUGGUCGCAUUGUCAGGACGCUGGCAACAUUGAAGCGUGCGUCACACCUGGCGUGUAUGCGUUGGUGGCAGCGGGGGCGACCAUGUGCGGUGUCACACGUCUCUCUGUCACUUUGGCUGUCAUUCUGUUUGAACUAACAGGAAGCCUCGAUCAUGUGCUCCCCUUCUCUUUGGGUGUGCUUUGUGCGAAAUGGACGGCUGACGCUGUCGAGCCCCUCAGCAUAUAUGAUCUUUUGACCGACAUGAAUUCAUAUCCAUUUCUAGACAACAGGAGCACUCCUGUCUUCGACUCGGAACUCGGAGACAUCACACCCCGUUUCCGCAGGGACAAAGUAAUUGACAUCACGAUAUCCCCUCUUGUCAAGGCAAGUGAUUUGCGAGCCAAACUCCGACGCUUGCAAAACCUUGGCGAACUCGACGGCGGGCUGCCUAUCAUCCGAGACAAGAAGUUGGUAGGGUUGAUUCCGGCCCCAGACUUGGAGUUUGCUUUGGAUAGGCUGGAGGACGAGGACAGUGCGUUCUGUUUGCUCUCGAACGAUGACCAUGCGCACAAUACGCAUCGUCGCUACUGGGAAGCAUUUGAGGAGGCGGGGUAUGAUUCUGGACGGGACGAUUCUGACGAUCAAGACUCCCCAGCCACCAAUCCGACUGAUUUGACUCCAUAUAUCGAUCCUGCUCCGGUGGCCCUAGACAUGCAUUCGCCUAUGGACCUUGUGUAUCAAUGUUUUGUCAAACUGGGGCUGAGGUACAUUUGUGUGUUGAAUGAGGGCGAAUACAGGGGGAUGGUGCAUAAGAAGGCGUUUGUGAGGUACAUCAAAACCUUGGAGCACAAAGGAGGUCGUCAUUGA